UGUCUUUUCAUUUCCUCCGCAUCUUAUUCUGAGCUGGAUUUGAGCCACAAUGGUGGUCCCCGUAGCUGUUCGUAUGUCUGUUGUUUUUGGCUGAAAACCACAAGGUUUUGUGUGUUUUAAUGUUCCGUGCAGCAAACAUAAAGAGCCUUGGUAAAGCGGGAACCAGCUGGCACUUUUGCCAGACGAUGGACGAGCUGGUCCACGACCUGGUGUCGGCCCUGGAGGAGAGCUCAGAGCAGGCGCGUGGUGGGUUCGGCGAGGGCGGUGCAGACCACGCGCUGGCAGUGGGCUGCCUGCUGAAGCGCCAGGCGCGCAAGCGUCGUGGCCGCAAGCGCCGCUCCGACAACCCGCACCCGCCCUGGGAUGCCUGCCACCUGAGCGACGGCUCCGAGUCCAGCCUGGAUGAGGCGGGCGGGCGGCACCACCACCACAACAACAACAACAACAACCAUCACCACAACCACGCCCGAGACCCCCCAAACAACCACAGCGACUCAGACGAACAGCUGGGGCCCAAGCGGCGUACGCCCUUACAGGGGGGGGACUCCCACGGACGCGGAAAGCGCCCGCUGUGGCACGAGGAGCCGGGCGGAGGGGGCGUGGAUGGGCUGGGCAUGCGCAGCCUCCGACGGCGGCGCAAGUUCAAGCGGAUGGCCGUUGACCCGCCCCAGGAGGUCACCACCUGCAUGCUGGCCCCGCCUCCUCCCAUGGCGCUGCCCAGAGGGCUGGCGGUGGGCUGCGAGGGCGGGGCGGCGGCCAAGGGCGGGGUCAAGAAGAGGAAGCUGGCGGCUCACAAGCUGGCGUCGGACGUGGCGGACGAGGGGGUGGUGGUGGAGAGCGAGGAGGGGGCAGGCCCGGGUGAGCCAAAGGACAAGAUGGACUUUGAGGAGCAUAAGGGCUCUGGAGAGGACAUGAGUGACAGGUGUGAGACCAGCAGCGUGAGCAACAGCAGCGACGGAGGCCUCUUCACCAAUGACGAGGGGAGGCAAGGCGAUGACGAGCAGAGCGACUGGUUCUAUGACGGGGAGCCUGGCGGUGCUUGUGGCGUCGCGGGUGUGGUGCCCUGGUGGGAGAGGGACUCGGCCGAGCUCGACCUCAACGACCCUGUUUUCAACAGCAUCCUCACUGGAUCCUUCCCUCUUAUGUCGAAGGAUGCACAGAGAGGGUUCCAGGCCAGGUUGAAUCGUCUGCAGGGCGGGGCAUCUGGUCAGUCAGGGGCUCACCACUCGCAGGGCAUCUCUGCUGGAUCGGGCUGUACAGACCGACUGGGCCGGCUGUCCCAGGACCCUCAUGACAGGCCCUGGUUUAAUCCAGCAUCCAGGAGAGACCACAGCCAGCUGCACUGGGACUCAAGGACAGAUCGGGGGCACCGUAGAAGCUGCUCGUUAAAAACUGCCAGCAGACAGACGAGUGGUCACCUAGGCUCCCUAUGCACGGGGGACGUGAAGAGGAGAAGAAAGGCGGCACCCAUGGGAGCCCCGCCCACCACAGGAGUUGUGGGAGAGAAUGCUCCUCCUAUUCCGGACUCGAACAUGGGGAACCGUAUGCUGCAGAGCAUGGGCUGGAACCCUGGCUCUGGCCUGGGCCCCGAGGGCAGAGGCAUCACUGAGCCUGUCCGAGCCCACCAGAGGCCCAAGGGCAGUGGGCUGGGAUUCAACUAGAGCCCCAGGCUUUGGGCCUGCUGGAGGAAAACAGCAUGCCCAACAACGCCGCUGUACGAGUUGAGAGUAAAGAGAGAAACAGACAGUGAACAAAUGUGGAAAACAAACAGGAAGGAAUAAAAAAGAAAGAAGAAAAAGAAAGUAUGAAUGAAUGAGACAGAUUGCGGUCCUCUUAACAUUGACACACAACUGUGUGGAUCACGGAAAGACUAUUGAUCAAGGAGAAGAGGAUCAAUGAGAAGCAGCAUUGGACUGACAAUGACCGUAGCACCAGAGAGACACCAAAUUAGACUGAGUAUUCAGACAUGGACAUAAAAAUGUUUAAAAAAAAAAAAAGAGAGAGAAGAGAGCUCAAGCUAGUCACUAUGUACUAGUGGGAAUGUUUGUUUACAUGUUCUCUGUCGUUGUCCUCUGUAAAGGUUAUGUUUUUUUCCUCGCUCUCUCUCUACCCAGUAGGAGUUUUUAAAGUCUAUACUAGUAUAUUGUACAAGUAGCUAAAGAUUUGAGUCUGCUAAACUAAUGUCACUCGAUUUGUAGGUUUCAGAGUACAGAUUGUUGUUUGAAGACCUGAAAUAUAACCACCACGUGUAAACGGAUGAUCUUGCCCUGUGCUCCGAGGCCAAAAGCACGACAUAACAAUUCUUCAUCAAUAAUGACAAGUCCAUCAUGGGUAUUUGGGAUUGUGGACUUGAACACAUUUUUCUUUUUUUUUUCUUUUCUUUUUUUUUUUUUAAGUCUUUUGAAGUUUUGGUCACUGGUCCUCUGACCAGCUUCCAUCCAAUCAAGAGCAUUAGCUUUACAUUUAACAUGAAGCAGACCCAUAUAUUAGUGUUGUUGCGUACUUCAAAGCUAGUGAUGAAACUAAUGUUAUAACACAAAUUGUUUUUAGGUUAUUUUUGCACUUUUAAUGAUGUCCAUGAACAAACUAGUCAGACCUCGUAAAGAUGCAUCGCAUGUUUGGCCUGCUGCUGUCUUGUCAGUCAUUGACUAAUGUUUCUUGCAAUUUUGCUGUGUUCUUUUUCUGUUUUUGUUUGUUUUGUUUUUGUUUCCUGCUAUAGUUUAAGUCAUGUUCACCAUUCUUUUCAAACUGAUGAUUGUUGUGCAACACGCCAAUUUAGGGCAUGAAACAUCACUCCAUUCUAGCUGCCAUGUUUGUAGUUUUUUUGUUUGUAGUUUUUUGUCAUGGGCUUCUGAGCCAGGGUUGAGCCUUAAGGCUGAACGCUGGUCAGAAUAGUAAGUGUUCAACAGCAAGCUAGAGGAUCUGGACUGCUGAUGACGGUCUGCAUUAAACUCAGUUGAUAAGAUGGUUUUGCCGUGUGUCUCUCACACCUCUUCUGAUCUUGUGGCCAGUCGUUGUAACGCUUGUAUGUCACUACAUUCAGUGCGGUCUGGACAUAAAGACAUCCUCCUUUGGGAAUUCAGAUGGGUGCAAGAUAUGUUUGCAAACUAUUGCUUAAAAUUGUAUUGAAAAUGAGCCCACUAUAGCUCCCUGCCUGACAUCCUAAAAAUAUCAACCCUCUAAUCCUCUGAAUUCAUCUCACCUUACCAAGGUAGCACCACAGUGUUAAACAUUCUCCGAACUGACCUCACACCACGUUUAUACUUUUUUACUUGGGUUGUAGUACAUGACCACACACUUAUUUUGCUGUUUAUAGAAGGACUGGUAGAUGCCGUCUGAAGUUCAUGUGAAGAUAUCUGCCCAUUAUCAUCUUACAAUAAACUUCACAACUGGAACCUC